ACCGAGCAAGAACAUAAUCCUAUACGACGCGCUAUAGAAUAUUAUUCGCCGGUCGGUACGAACCGGCAGCAGCAGCAACAUUCAGUCAGAGUCGAGUCAGUGGCGUUGUUGUUUGGCAGUGACAGAGAGACCGAAUGAGAGUGCACGACGCGGCGGGAAACCUGAAUGGGGUGUGGUAGUGUUGUGUAAGGGACGCUAAGCAGAAGCUGCAGCAGCAGCAGAAGAAGAAGAGACACGAAGGCGAGUGUUGCCUAGUGAGAGUGUUUGUGUGCUUAUGAGCUGGUGCGGUGUAACGGAGAAGGCAUCAGGCUGAGAAGGAGAAGAAGACGAAGUGCCGUCCGUCGUCAUACGUUCUUCCUAUUCCGCGUGUUCGCUCCUGGAAAACCCGCGCGCUCUCCCCCACGUCGUCGUCGUCGACGUCGUUGUCGUCGAGAACAGGGAACAGCAGCGGCCGCCAAGUCGACAGGCUCGGUCGCAGUUUCGCUUUUGGCAGUGUGUUUUGUAGCGCUGUGCAGGAAGGAAGUGUGUUGCAGGCAAGAGCGCGCGCGAGAACAAGGCAAGGAAGAGUCUUUAACUUGGACCGUCGUUCGAUUUUUCAUGUGGUUGAACAGAAAGUGAAAACAGGCCUCGCGUGAAGGCCGUCAGUUGAAAGGAAAAAAAGGCCUUUUCGCCUCGACAGUUUAUUAGUAUCGUGUUUUUAGUCGAUUACCGUUUUCGUUUUUGAUCCGCUCCGUUGUUGUUUACGUAAAGUUAGAAUUUUCUUCCGAUUUUGACCAGACAAAAUCAGGCAGAGCGAAAAAAUAUAAACUUGAGAAACUACUACACAGCUGUGGUGUAUAGGAACAGAAACUUAAAAAUAGAUCUGGUUUUCCGGAGCCGUUCCUCGCAAAUCAAUCACACCGGACCAAGGAAGAGGGAAGUUGCAGAGCAGGGCAACAGUGUUUGAAGUGCAGGAAAAACAAAUGCCAAAGUCCGACACCUCAGUGAUAACGAUUUUUCGCGUUUUCCUACCGUUUUUCCUUCACCGUUGAGUGUGUUCGUCGUCGUCGUCGUUUUUUUUUUUUCCUUCUUUAUCAUCUGUGUAAGCUCUCAGGGAUCUCCAAAUGGGUGAUUUUUGUUCCCUUACGACGUACAACGCGAUAUUGGCCCAAAGUGACUGAGAGUGAGAGGAGAAUUUUUUGCUGUUUUGAGUGGACGGAUCCGACGAAAUAAACAAAACUAGGGCAAGUGUACUUGAACUACGAAUGGGAAGAUUUUGAUCCGUAUGUUUUCCGUUCCGAAAUAGAUGCUUGGCAAAGUGUGAAGUGCAGGAUGAAGAGUAGGGAGCUCAUGUGCAAGUGACGGACAAUAGAAACCAGCGAACAAACUGGAGACGUUUAGAGUGAUUAGAACACAGUGGCGUCCAGUGUUCCGGAUGAGCAACUGAAAAAAAAACGCGACUAGUCGAACUUAAUUUCUUUUUCGAAGAUUUUCUUUGAUAAUUAACUAUCCUUCCGCGAGUGUUCCGCCCGAGUUUCCGGGGGACCUCCUAAAAGCUACGAAAAUAGAUACCUUAGCGUUACACCCCUACCAUUCGUUGCUCCUGAUGGCGCCUCGAAGAGGAACCGUAGGUCCCGGGACGACCACCCUGGACCUGUUUGGGGCUCUAGGGGAUUCGGAUCACGGUUUCGAAAGCUCGCAAUCGGCCGAUGGAUCCGGUAGCGAGGGUGCCCAUAUGACCCGUUGCUGUGUCCCCAGUGGAGACUGUCUCAAGUGCUCACCGGUCGAGUUUGGUUCCAUCAAUCUGGAAGAUCUGCGUGAUUGCGUCCGGGUUAUCUGCAACAAUGACAAUUGCACGAUCGGUCAGUACAUGCAUCGGGAGUGUUUCGAGCACUGGGAAGAAGGUGUUUUGAACUAUUUGAAAUCCAUUGGCCGGGCUCGGUCCUGGUCGGACAAGCAGCGACAGCAGAAUCUCUGGACCAAGAAAGGUUACGAUCUGGUGUUCAAGGCGUGCACCUGCAAGUGCGGUCGCGGUCACAUCCGUAAGGAUCUGGACUGGAACCCACCGACUUCUCUGUUCGCGACCCGGCUGGACGACGAUUCCAACAAGAAAAAGAAGAAAAAGAACCGCCAAAACCAGAAGCCCACACUGGCAAUCUCGACCAGCCCGAGCAGCCAGUCGAGCAGUUCCUCCAACAGCCCGAACUCCCACGGAACGACACCGGGUAGUCACCAUCAGCAGUCGCUGCUGAAUCCGCUGAAACUGGUCGAUCACUUUACUACCUCAUUGAUGCUUAACACGACGACCAGCAGCACAAUACAACAACAGCAGCAGCAACAGCAACUGCACCAUCAACAUCAGCAGCAGCAGCAGCAACAUUCGACGGAACGAAACCGGACCAACAGUUUGUCCUCGUCCAGCAAUGGGUCCAGUACCCCGCCGGCCAGUUCGGUGGCGUCCACGACUUCGGGCGGGGGCAGCGCCGGUAGCGACUGUCAGAGCAUUUCGCCGGUCCAUAGCGGCGGCGGGCUCGGUAUCGGCGGAUCGGUGGCCGCCCUGGCCAAGAUGCCGCUGACCCCGAAGACCAAGGUGGAGAUUUAUUCCGAGAGAGUUAGGGCGACAUCUGGCGCCAACGGAAUCUUCUCCCGCCGCUUGGAUUUCUCCUCGUUCAACAUGCUACCCCGGCAAAGGAUAAACUCGUACUCAAUCAAGGUAAUUAUUUGCUACUCAUCAAACCCAUCUGUAAUCGAACGAUCCCCCUCAACCGGUAACUAUAACGAUUUUGCCAAUACGAACCCCAACAAACAAACCCAUAAUCUUCCAACCCACCCAUACGCGAGUAUAGAGCAACCGAAAAAUGCUAACUCUUGCCGGAUGCCGAAGGAAGGAAAAACUCCCAAUCAAACAUGCAAUCAUAAUUCUUCACUCCCACGAAACUCACUAACCAUAAGCACGAACAGUACGCUCUCCACGUAGGGUGGUGCGUUAAAUCAAAGGAAAAAAUUCCCAUCCUCCGUCAAAUGGUCCAAAUUGCUAAUUCCGAGUCCCCGAGCCCAGAUGUAAAGCAACUCGCGUCUCGAUAUCCCCAAAAUAUGUUUCCCUGCAACCCUGUGACUGUGAGUUCCAGCAAUGGCACCACUUCACCAGUCGUCGGCGUCUCCAAAGAAAAGAAGAAAAAAAAAUGGUUAUUCGAGUACCGACCGGAAUCAGCCACGCUUGGUUGGAAGUCCCAGGACAAAGACGAAGACGACGACGACGACGACUGUCACCACAAAUUUCGCUCCACUCCACACACUGACUGGCUGACUGACUAACUUUGGGUGUGGGUUGUCAUCUCGGUACUUUUUGGCAAGAAGCAAAACAUAACGGAAGGGAUUGGGAGGGGGGAAGCGGGACAAGAAAAAAGUAUUAACAUGAACAUUUACAUGAAAUUAUAUUUAACAUAUGUUGUGGGACUGUCAGUUGUCAGGUUUCGCUCCCAAAAGAGGGGGGGAGGCGCUGUUCGGUGUCUCUAUCUUCUUCGAUAGUGGCCAUUAAAAGAGUGCCCCCCCCCCACAUCAAACAUUCACAUAUUAAUAUGCGGCGAAAUGAUAGUCAGACAAGUGGUUCGGAUAUGAUGGAACAGAUUCUGAAAGCGAUGAAAACAAGGUCGUUUCGUUUCGUUUCGUUUCGUGAGGCUGACAUGUGUUGAGAGCGUCAACUGUUUGACCUUUUAAAUAAGUGAUAAGCCUCGCUGAUGGUUGAUUUUUAAGUGAUACAAAAAUUAACCAUGCAUUGCGAUUGAGUGACAGUUUGACAGUUGACAGAUUGACAGUUGACAGAUUCACUCUUGACAGAUUUAUUCACUUCUUCACUACACUUCGCACAUUUGGUUUUUCCAUCGUGUGGAAACGGUAUGUCAACUGUGAUGUCCCGAAAGAAAAUAGAAAGCAAAAACGUGUGCGAGGACCGUGCACAAUCUCAAACUAUCAUGUCUAAUCAUUACCUAGAACGUACGUAAAUCAAGUUCUGCAACGCCCUCGCAACCCCCUUCACCACCUCUGUUAAUCGCUAGAACUGCCAAUCAAAUCAGAGAAGGUUCCAACUGGUGACGACUGGCGGGUCCCGAAUUCAGCUCGCUAAUCUGAUCAGCCAACAGAAACCCACCUUUGUUUGCACUCUUUCAACAUCUAUCCGAGACCUUCCGAAGCCAUCCAACUAACCAACCAACCCGACAAGAAUAUAAUUAAGAUAGAAACCCGUCCAUGACUCACUCCCAACCGGAGUCGGACAGGACGGACGGGUAUUAACAACCCCCGCACACCAGCAGCAGCAGUGCCAACAACAACGACUAGAAUGCAAAUUUUCAUCAACCCUCUUCACGCGAAGGGGCAGACCGCUCGAAGCGUCACACUGCAGUUAUCGCUAAUUGAAUUAGCGACCGCAAACUUACCGGUGUGCCCUUUCCUUUCUCGUUCAAAGCAACAAAAAAGAAGAACGAAAAAAAAAAAUAGUGCCAAACACGAAAAGUUACUCAAACUUUCACACGCGGAAGCGGCGCUGAUACGAACGGUUUUUUCUUUCUUCUUCUUUCGCUUGUUAUUAUUUUCUUCCGACCUCUCCCAAAAAGAUAAGCUAAUUGCAUUCCUUCCUGCCGCGCAAGUCCGUAGAUCAUCAAUCAUUUGCUUGGCCAAGGUAGGAAGAAGCCUUCGGGAAGGUGGGCUCCACCGGUUUUCGAAAAAUGACCGGUUGACUCACACGGCAGGACCUUCGAGAACACCCCGAGCUCAACUGAGCGUGAAAAGGAGGAUGAGAAGGGAAAAAACCGGUACAGUUCAACUCAUCUCAACUCGACCCGACUCGAGAUCAUAAUUUCGGAGUGAACCAGAACAUGAACCCGCUUCAAGACUAACCUUCUGCCCGUGCCGGAACACACUCAUUCAGCCAAUUCGGCGAGGUUUUUUUUCGGAGUUCGAGUUUGAGGCACAUGUAUUUUUUGUUUUCUUCGGUGCGAUUCAAAGGAUGAUUCUCAUAAGCAUAACUCUUCAAUUUUUAUGACCGAAGAAGGGUUAAUAUUUUUUCGGUUUUUGAUGUUUUUUGUCGAUUGAGUUUAAUCGUUGAAACGAUAUAAAUCAUGUUUAUUGCCGUCGUCGGUUGUCUCAUGGACCCAAGUCGGUGAGGUUCAUCAUGAAGCGAAUUCGCCGGUCGUAAUCGAAAUUGUGACCACCAACGGUUGAUUGUAUCUGUUUCGUAAUAUUUAUUGUGAAUUUCAUCAAAUUGUCAUGAGAUAGCAUGGGGUCUCAAACCCUCAAAUAAUAAAUCAUAUUCAAUUAGAAAUUAGCAAUAAAAAAAACUGUUUUCAAGGCCCCAAAAAGCGAAAAUUACUUUUAAAAAUCGUUUCAUCAGUAUCUGGCACUGACUUAGUGCCUUGACUUAUCUUGUAGGUGUGCUGUGACCUUCACUAUUGGCGCGAUAGUCGAUCUUUUGUGAUUCAAUCGCAAACUGUUGUUUGCUUUGCUAAUACAAGCUCUAACAUGUUUAAAGAUUUAGCAUCUAUCUAAUACUAAGGCAGUGUCAGGUAGUAAAUCACGAAUGCGCGUCACUUUUAUAUAUAGUUAAUUUAUAUCUGUCGCGUUUCAUUCAUCCCUAAUUCAUAGUUUUACUGUUUGAUUCGUGUUCUUUGUUUCACCAUCUUGUGCCACCUCCUAAUCGAGACCGAAGGAGUCCAAAAUCAUCCGAAUUCAGAAUAAACUUUUACUACCAUUUUAUUAUCUACUCAUUUAGACAUUAGGGCAAUCUGUUACAGAUUGUCCGUGGCCAAGUUUAGUUCUGACAAUGUCACUACAUAUAUCCUCCGUAAAAAAACAUUAAACUCUGAUACCCAUAUGUAUUGGUAUUGUUCCAAUCCGUUCCAGAAUCGAAUACUUCACCCGUGGCAUCCGGAAUCAUCUACCAGAUUCUCCGUUUCAUAUUUUUACCCAGACCAUGUCUACCGAUAUUUACAGUAUAAAGAUCUGACCCGUUUCAGAAUUCAGUACUUCCUUUCUGGACACCAGGAACCACUACAGAUUGUCCGUGGUACUUUUUGGUUCCGAAGAUGUCUCUUCUCUUCGUUUUACAUCCGAUGCUGAUUAGACAGCGGUUUAUGGUUUAGAUGAAAAUUUUGAAACCGGUGUGAGGAGUUCACAUAAAAUUGAUACCUUUCCGAGUAAAUUGUGCCGUG